AGUCAGUGUUGGUUCAGAUAGCAGUGACAAUGGCUGUUUGGUCACGGUGCUGAUGCUAAGGCUGUUGACCAAAAUCAAGGACCAACCAACUCCUUCGGCCGAUAUGAUGGACUCCCAAGAGCUGAUUGAGAAACUUCUCUCCGAGUUCAGCAAUAACUCAGGAACUCCAACUUUCAACACUUAUCCAAGCAAUAUAAAGGUUCAGGCAAUAUUCAGAACCAUGGAUAAGUUCCUCCUGAGGGAAUUCGGGCCAGAGACUGUCCUUCAGAGAGCUGCGAAGACACAGGACGUCUCCUUUGAUAAGGUUCUGCUAACGGCAUUGAGGAAGGAACUGCUGCACCAGAUUGGUGAAGCAACUGCUGCCCCGGCAACCCAGAAUGCUCCACCCUCCCCUCAGCCGGUGCCUGUAGCAGAGGAUGAACAAACAGGGCUCUCUGACAAACAAGGCUCCACUAAACUGAGGAUGCCAAAAAUUAGGUUCAGAAUGAAGAUGCCAAAAAGAGGCAGCAGGAAAGUGUCUCCCACCAAUGCCUUUUCUGACACAACUGAUAAGCAAUCAGAGACCUCUGCCCCUGUUAUGCCAUGUGAUGAGAGGAAUACAUCUGCGUCUGCUUCUGGACUGAAGACUCGCAAACAAUCUUUUUUCCUCAGGAUUUUCACAUGCUGCAUAGGCACAUCUGAAGCCUAG